AUGGGCGACGCCGACGCCGAUGCGUGCUUCUCGGACUGCAAGAAAGCGACGGAGAUGGUGUUUGACCACUCGGUCGGGGAUACGGUGUGCUUGGAGUGCGGUUCAGUGCUGGAAUCACACUCCAUCAACAAGACGUUGGAGUGGAGGACCUUCGCCAACGAGUCCGUCGACAAUGACCCCGUUCGUGUCGGCGGCCCGACGAACCCAUUCCUCACCGAUGGCGGUCUCUUCGUCGUCAUAUCUGAGCCCAACGACGUUACAUCCGACUUUCUGUCCUCUUCCCUCGAUCGCUGGCAGAACCGUGGCUCAACCCCGAAGAAGAAAAAGAGAAAGGGACCGACCUUGGGGAUGCGUGGGGCGUGGCCACUGUUGCAACUUGUAGGAACCAGAAGAGAGAGGGAAACUGAUGGGGGUUCGGCCGGGGUGUGGCCGUUGUUGCAAACGCGUUUCCAUUUAAUUUGA